GGCUGCGGGCGGGUGGCGGCGGUCUAUGCCGGGGCCCCGGGGCCGCCGCGGCCAGAAGUCCCAGCCGCUCAGCCCUCCGCAACAUGCCGUCCGCCGCCGGGCCCCGGCCCCGCUGAGCGCCCUCGCAGUGGAUCUAAUGUCUCCGUGAAGGUGCCGCGGCCGCCGCCUCAGCGUUGCCCCGGGAGGAGCAGCAGGCUGCGGAUUUUCUCCCCGUCUCGGAAGCCCAGCAGAGGCACCAGCUGCUCCGCCGGCCCGCGCCUGCCCCGGGAAGAUGGGAAGCAAGGCUCUGCCAGCCCCCAUCCCGCUGCACCCGUCUCUGCAACUCACUAACUACUCCUUCCUCCAGGCUGUGAACACCUUCCCCGCAGCUGUGGACCAGUUGCAAGGUCUGUACGGACUCAGCGCCGUGCAAACCAUGCACAUGAACCACUGGACAUUGGGCUACCCCAAUGUGCAUGAAAUCACCCGUUCCACCAUCACGGAGAUGGCGGCCGCGCAGGGCUUGGUGGACUCCCGCUUCCCUUUCCCCGCGCUCCCCUUCGCCACGCACCUCUUCCACCCCAAACAAGGGGCCAUCGCCCACGUCCUUCCAGCAUUGCACAAGGACAGGCCCCGCUUUGACUUUGCCAACCUGGCCGUGGCCGCCACGCAGGAGGACCCCCCGAAGGUGGGGGAGCUCGCCAAGCUGAGCCCCGGACUGGCCUCGCCUUUGUCGGGCAUCAGCAAGCUGUCUCCGGACAGGAAGCCCUCCCGCGGCCGCCUGCCCUCCAAGACGAAAAAGGAGUUCAUCUGCAAGUUCUGCGGCAGGCACUUCACCAAGUCCUACAACCUCCUCAUCCACGAGCGGACCCACACGGACGAACGACCUUACACCUGCGACAUCUGCCACAAGGCUUUCCGGAGGCAGGACCACCUGCGGGACCACCGGUACAUCCAUUCCAAAGAGAAACCCUUCAAGUGCCAGGAGUGCGGGAAGGGCUUCUGCCAGUCCAGGACCCUGGCGGUCCACAAAACCCUACACAUGCAGGAAUCUCCACACAAAUGCCCCACAUGUGGAAGAACCUUUAAUCAAAGAAGUAACCUGAAAACUCACCUUCUUACCCAUACAGACAUCAAGCCCUACAACUGUGAGCAGUGCGGCAAAGUGUUCAGGCGAAACUGUGAUCUACGGCGGCACAGUCUAACUCACACCCCGCGGCAGGACUUCUAGAGCAGCCAGGGACCCGCGCCCGCUCCGGCAGCUCCAACUUGCCCAAUUUACUAAAGGACUGUGUUGUAGGAACUCACAGACGCGCGCACACACAUACACGGAGACACGCACGCAGACUCGGGGCCAAGCUUUCCUACCACAUGUCUGCGAAACUCGUUUCGAGAGUGCGGACUGCAGGAUCGGGCCCCUCUCCAACCCUCACCCAAGCGUAAAGCUCAUCUUGUAGAUAAUCGCGGCUCAUUUUAGAGCUCUGUACAGAACGUGGUUUUUUCUUCGUUUGUUUGUUUUGUAUCGUGUCAGAUGCAGAUGGAUAACAAAUCGGGGAGGCAAAGUAUCUCUUAAAAGUGUAUUUCAAAAUAAAUCCUUUUUUUUUU